UUGUCUAACUGUAAUAACAUAUGAAUAUUGAAUCUAGAGUGUGACCUUUUCAGACAACAAACACAUGUUAGUGGCAGUAUGGCUGAACCUCAACAGAAAAAGUCUAAAUCUCUACAAAUAGGCUAUUGGAGCAUCAGAGGGCUAGCACAGCCAAUUCGUCUUCUCCUAAAGUAUGCUGGUAUAGAGUUUGAAAAUGUGACCUACACACAAGCUGAAGCUCCUAGUUUUUCCAGAGAAGGAUGGCUUUCAGUAAAGCACACUUUAGGACUACCUUUUCCAAACUUACCAUAUCUAAUUGAUGGUGAUGUGAAGAUUACACAGACCAACGCAAUCUUAACCUAUCUUGGACGCAAGGCUAAUCUCUAUGGUAAAACAGAAGCUGAUAUGGCUACAGUUGACAUGCUUCUCAAUGUGGCUAUGGACUUCCGAAAUGGAUUUGUUAGACUUUGCUAUAGUUCACAAAUGGAAUCGAUGAAAGAAGAAUAUUUAAAAACUGUUCGGGCUAAGCUUGAGGAAAUGUCCAAGUACUUGGGAGAUAAACCUUGGUUUGCUGGAAAUGAGAUCACUUUUCCCGACUUUCAUUUUUAUGAAAUGUUUGACCAACACAAGGAGUUCCAUCCUCAGUUAUUUGAUGGUCUUGACAAUCUUAAGGCUUAUAUGGAUCGCUUUGAGGCUCUUCCUGCUAUAAAGAGUUAUAUGGACUCUCCUGAAUUUAUUCGUUGGCCAAUCAACAACCCAAUAGCUCAAUGGCGUGGAAACAAAAAACUUUAAAUAAUACUUGUAGCCUAAAAUAUUGCAUCGCUAGACUUAUAUCUUUAACUGUUAAUGAUAAUUAUUCCAUGAUUUGACCCUAAUAUUCUCAAGCAAA